AUGUUAUCUUUUAUAUUGUUCGGUAUAGCAGCUGCGAAGGUUGUGACUGACAACGGAUGUACUUUCGACUGUACAAUUGAUGGGUUGUAUUGUAUAAACGACACCAAAUACUCAAAACAGUACUUUGAGUGCUCAAAUACUUUCCAAGGACUCAGACCGUGUGCGCCGGGGACUGAGUGCAUUGCCAAAGAACGUGUAGACUUUGGGUAUAACCCAUGUGGUUACAAAGAAGAAACUACAAAAAGCGAGGAAAAGAGCAAAGAGACGUCGAAAGUCCCAGUGACACCUCCGGUUGACAAGAGUGAAGAGAAGGAGAUAUGUAAAGAGGAUGGGUUUUAUUGCACCGGCGAUGAGAAGCACACAAAAGAGUAUUACAUCUGCUCACCAACAUAUAAUGGAUACUCAAAAUGCCCAGCUGGAACAAAGUGUGGUGCUAAGGGACACUACCCAUACACAGUCAACCCAUGCAUCCUUGAUGAGGAGUUGAUUGAGAAGUCAAAAGAGAAGAGCGAAAUAAAAAGCACCGAUAAGGGUGAAAUUCCAGACUGCAAGGAGAAUGGGUUCUACUGCGUCGAAGAUGGAAAACACGACUUCCAGUACUACGUCUGCGCAGACUCCUAUAAGGGAUUCAUGAAAUGCCCAACCGGCACUAAGUGUGCUGGCGCAUCAACAAAACCAUACACAUUAAGCCCUUGUGUCUUGCUGAACGACAACUCAAUUGAAAAUCCACAAAAGAGCACUGAAAAAUCUGUGGGAACCCCGUCAGUCGACAAGAAUGAAGACAUCCCAACAUGCACAGAAGAAGGACUCUACUGCGUGUUGGAUGGGAAGCACGACAACGAGUACUACAUCUGCACCGAUGCGUAUAAAGGAUUCUCAAAAUGCCCACCAGGCACAAUUUGCAAAGGAAAGGGCAAGUUUGACAUCAAGGUUGAUCCAUGUGUAGAGAAAACAACUGAGAGUUCAAAGGCAAAGAGUGUUGAGAAGCCGGUCGUCUCUGAAGAAAAUGAGCUGAAAUGCAAGGAAGAUGGUCUCUUCUGUGUGAUCGAUGGGAAACACAACGAUCAGUACUUCCAGUGCUCCGAGUUUUACACUGGAUUCAGACCAUGUUCAAAGGGUACCUGGUGCAAAGGUGAGCAAGAGAAGCCAUAUGACACUGAUCCAUGCGUCUGGUACGACGAAACCACUUGGGGGAAGAAGAUCUAA